CCAGCCCUGAAACCUUUCCGAUUCCGAUUGUAAAUAACAAUUGGUAUGAUAACCCUACAAUGCGCACGGCACUACGACCAGUGCAUCGCCUUUGCACACGAGUUCAUAUUAUGAAUGGAUAUAAACCGCCGCUCUGUUAUCAGUUAUCAGUGCGAUAGACGACGUGUGUAGUGUGAGAACCGAAUUCAUUGCUACAAUCUUACAAAAAUGCCUUGCUGUAAAGUGACCAUUACUAAAAACCGCAAUUGCGAUUUGAAUUGUGACAAAGCUGGAUGCAUUUGCAUUCCGACAGACGGCAAAGCAUGCAUCUGCGUCUGUCUGGACGCUAAAGAUAACAUAAUCAGAUGUGAUAACUGCAAAUGUGAAGAAGAUUCUUGCAAAAGUGGCGAGUUGACUUGCGAAGCUGGAGGGAAGAAUUGCGUAUGCAUGCCAACUGGGGGAGCUGAUUGUAUAUGUGUGUGUAUCAAUAGUGAUGGGAAAUUCAUACGCUGCGACGAUUGUUCAUGUUCAUAUGAAAAUCCUAAGGAAGAUGAUCAAUACUGUAGCAAACCUGAAUGCAUUGCAAGUGAUGAAAAUGCUGAUGGCAAACCGGUUCGAUAUGACAACUGUAAAUGUAAAAAUACUACCAAGGAAUGCGAUAAGUCUGGAUGUGUAUGCAUUCUAAGUGGUGGAGCCAAAUGCAUUUGUGUAUGCCGCGAUGGAAAAGGUGGUUUUAAACGCUGUGAUGACUGCGUUUGCUCGUCACAAACUAAGGAAGACUUAGAAAAAUGUAACGAAGAAGGUUGUGUGUGCAUUCCAACAGAAGGUAAAGAAUGCAUCUGUAUCUGUUUGAAUAAUGAAGGUAAAAUAGUUCGUUGUGGUGAUUGUAAGUGCACAAAUACCGACAAAGAAUGUGCUAAAUCUGGAUGUGUAUGCAUUCUAACUGGUGGAGCCAAAUGCAUUUGUGUAUGUCGCGAUGAGAACGGUAGCUUUAAACGUUGUGACUGCGCAUGCACUUCAGGUACUAAAAAUGAGUCUGCUAAAUGCAACAAAGAAGGUUGUGUAUGUAUUCUAACUGAUGGAAAGGACUGCAUCUGCGUUUGCUACAACAACGAAGGCAAAAUAGUUCGUUGUGACGAUUGUCAAUGCAAAGAUACUAGCAAAGAAUGCAACAAGUCAGGAUGCGUAUGCAUUCUAACUGGUGGUGCCAAAUGCGUUUGUGUAUGUACUGAUGAAAAAGGUGGAUUUCAGCUCUGCACCGAUUGUAAUUGUACUGAUAAUGGCGAAGAUCAAGGAAAACAAGAUGAGGCAUGCUGUUCUACUUCUACUAAGGGAAAAUGUUGCUAAUUUUGUUUGAGUAACUGCGCUAAUAAUGAAUAGCAUGAUAUUUGUAAGCAAAGCUUAUUUAUACGUUAAAUAAAAAGAAUAUAUAUUUCAAUAAUGAUUAUUUUAGCUGUAGAUACAAAUAUACAAGUAUAAUAGAAAUUUCGUCAAAGGUAUUUUGGUUAUAAUAAUUAUGAUUUAUGUUUUAAUUUUUUUAUAUUAUAUCUACUAGUAUUUCUGGCUUAAUAUCAGGG